GCACCCCCCUUACCUAUGUCACGAUUGAACCUUAACGCUUGGGAGCAUAACUGGGACGAGAUUGGUCGUGGUGUGCAACAAUGGAUUCUCCUGGUCGCAUUGGAAGCUGCUUUACACGAGGAAUGGCCUAAACUGCCCCUUCAGGAGAUCGGGAAGCUGACAGGAGAGGCAAAGACUAUAGUGCCGCCAGAGGGGAGAACGAAAGCCUUAACCUCGUCCUUCGAUGCUGAGGUGCGGCCCCUGAUAGACCUGGUCGACAAAUUACGUGGGUAUGGUCUGGACACAGACAUCAACCUUCCCGCCGUCGCCGUCAUCGGGGACCAGAGUGCCGGGAAGAGCUCUGUUCUCGAAGCAAUCUCUGGCGUCCAACUUCCAAGAGGGACGGGUAUUGUGACAAGGUGCCCGUUGGAGAUGCGGUUGAAGCACUCAGAGGAUGAGGACAAGUGGGAGGGAAAGAUAUUGUAUAAGGACAAGCAUGAUAUGCGCCAGGAGGAAGUCAUCCUGAACAGAGAAAGCGUCGGAGACCUUGUGCGGAAAGCACAGAAGGAAAUGACCGAUAGCGCCAAGGGAAUUAGUGAUGAACUCAUUACCCUUGAAGUGACGUCAUCAGAUGUCCCUGACCUUACCGUCAUAGACCUGCCAGGUAUCGCAAGAAACGCUGUCGAGGGUCAACCGUUUGAUAUCGAAGCGAGGAUUAAAAAUAUGAUCCGUAGAUAUAUUGGGCGCCAGGAGACUAUCAUCCUUGCUGUUCUACAGUGUAAUGUGGAUAUAGCUACUUGUGAAGCUCUCAAGAUGGCAAAGGAAUUUGAUGACGAAGGUGGAAGAACUUUGGGCGUUCUAACUAAGCCGGACUUGCUGGACAAGGGAGCCGAGACCGGUGUAAUGAGGAUCCUGAACAACAUGGAGUUUACACUGUCCAAGGGCUACAUCAUUGUCAAGUGUCGAGGUCAGGAGGCUAUAUCGGAAGGCCAGUCUUUGAAACAUGCACUGGAUGUAGAAGAAGAUUUCUUUAAAAGUCACAGACAUUUCAGCUCUUUGCGACCUUCUCAGUGGGGAAUCCCCAACCUAUCAGCGCGCCUGUCACGUGAACUGAAGAAACACAUCAAGAAACUGUUACCGGAACUGAAGGAGGAGGUGCGCCGCAAACUCCUUGAGACGGAGCGGAAGUUGCAUGAUCUCGGAGAGGAUCCACCAGAAACAGCCUCAGAGAAACGUCAGAUGGCUCUCCAGAUGGUCACCGAGUUUAUUAGCGUUACCACCUCCUUGACGAACGGACAACGCUGUAAUGACAACAAGUUUCCGCAAAAGAUUAACAACCUCUUCAGCGAUGCUCGUCGGUCAUUCGCAGAUCUGAAUAAAUGUGCUGAGCGGGAACAACCAGAUACCACGAACCGGACAUUAAAGACCGAGUUACAACAGAUGAUGGAGGCUUCCCGAGGUCGAGAGUUUUGUAAUUUUCUGGGCAAAUAUGAGCUAGUGGAAAGUUAUGCUCGGCAAUACAUCUCCAAGAUGGAAGAACCUGCACUUCAAUGCUUCGAUGACGUCCACAGAAAGACGACAGAAAUCCUGAAGAUUUUAGCAGAAAAAUGUUUUGAGAAAUUUCCUGAUUUUGCAGAGAGAGCUAAGGAAGUUAUAAUGAAGACUCGGAAACAGACCCAAAAUGAGUGCAAAGACGAAAUACUGAGGUAUUUCAGGAUGGAGAAUCUGGUGUACUCCCAGGACAAUACGUAUGGCGUCGAAUUCCGAGCAGAGGAGGAGAAGAAACGAAAGGAAGAAGAGGAGGAAAACGAAAGGAAACAGAAGAGCGCGGCAAAAUACCACGUUCAGAUAGGCUCUCAAAAUGACGAAGAUGUGAACGGUGUUGGCAAAGCAUUGAUGAGUCUAAAAACCUAUUACCAGAUUGCUGCGCGGCGUCUCUGUGACGUCAUCCCCAUGCUCAUACAGCUGCACGUGUUCCGGGAACAGGUCGAGGAAAUGCAGAUCCAGCUCAUGGACAUUGCUUCAGAUGAAAGAACCAUGGUGCACAUCCAGGAAGAUACAGACAUGGCUUAUGUUAGGAGAGAAUGCAAGUCUCGUCUCGAGAGACUGCUUCGGGCGGAAGAAGAGCUGGACAAAAUCUAGCGUUUAUCUAUCAUGCCAUUACUGGCACUUUCAUUGUUUCUGUAAAUGUAUCUUUUCUUGAAAGGCCGUUUGUAAUUUCGUUUAUUCAAAGAUUAUUCAAUGACGUUUUGUUGUUUUUCCAUUUGACGCUUUAAAGUUGUUUACGUAUUGUCCACUGAUUCUAGUGAAUUGGGAUUUAUGUAGCAUUUCUUACUACAUGAUAUCAUAUCAUUGUUUGUUUGAAUGUUCAGCUUGUAUUGUUUCAUAUUUCUUUGUUUAUGAAUUCCUACAUAUCAAGAAUCUGUAAUGCCGUCUGAUGUUCGUAUCUCACCAGGGGGGUGGUAGCGAUUAAAGAGAAUCACAUAAACACCAUAUGGAUUUCCCUGCCUUAUAGCGCCGUAUGUGUUCAUGACGACUAGUAAUGGCUAAAUACAUUAUAUAAAGCAAAGAUAAAUUCAGGGUAGUCCACGAACUUUGUAUCUCGUGUAAAUACGAAAUCACUAAAAUAACACGUGAAAAAUAGAGAAUUUUAAUUCACCUUAAUGACAUUUAGGUGUGUUUAUGUUAUGGGCUGUUUUCCGUCUGGGGAGGUAGGUAAAACCACUUUUCACAAAUUAAAUUAAUCGAUCAUUGAAGCAUAAGAUUCCACGUACUUGUUCUACUGCAUUGUCAACGUUCACAGCCAUUGCUUCUUUUAUGUAGAGAAGUUGGUUAAUCAAAUAACUGUGAACUUCACAUCAACAAUACCUACUUUCUGCCACAGGGGCUUGUAACGCUAAAAACUGCCAUCAAGGUAUAUACUGUCACUGACGGGGGACAUUUUAGUUUCUUUAUUUCCUUCAACAGUUUGUUGUUAUCACUUUUUAUCUCAUUGAAUCUAUUUCUCAAUAAACGCUGAAAUUCA